UGUCAUUUUAAAACAGUUGCUGAUUGGAUUUAUUAGUAAAAAUAAAAGCAGAUAAAAAGGACAAAGUUCUUCUUUUAUUCGUAAAUAAUAAAGACUGAAGAACAGCGUCCUUGUGCCGCGAUACUGGAUAAUUUUAUAUACAUGUUAGUCUUAAACAUUGUUUUCCACGAAGCACUUGACAUUUUACUCGGUCACAUAACUGUAAAUAAUAGCAAUUUUUUAACUUCGACGUUACCGUAAUUUAACAGAUUUAGUCAUCAAUUUAUUCACGUUUUUAAUUCGACUAUUUUUCACCGUGUUAUAACAUUCUUUUUUACCUUUCCAUUAAGUGAUUAAUUGUAUUAAAAAUGGUUAAAACGCAAUGGAUACUGACGUGUGUACUUCUGUAUACAUUUUUGGGUCUAUUUCUCGGCGCGUCAAUAUCAGCCGGUAUUUUCGUGUUUCACGUCGCUGUUGUGCCUUUGAUAUUUAAAUAUUCGAAAACGUUCCGAAGAAGCCUGAUUUUUGCUAACUUUGUACAAUGGCCUUUAAGUAUAGAUUACGAGGAUCCAUCGUCCAGUGGUAUAGAUGGAGCAAGAAACUUGAAUAUAGAAUACCAUUCCAAAAUCGACAGAUGUCCAAUCAGAAUUGGUAUUUGGCAUAUACUACCAAAGAGCACGUAUGAACGUAUGAAAGGUAGUUUCGAAGGGAAUUGUGAUAAAGAACAAUUGAAUAUAGCAAUGGACGAAGAAUUAGCCAAUUCUAAGACACCUGUCAUAUUGUAUUGUCAUGGUAACUCGAACUCCCGCGCGGCGUGGCACAGGAUACAAUUGUACAAGUUCUUUCAACAAAUGGAUUUCCACACUAUAGCUUUUGACUACAGAGGUUACGGAGACUCAACAAAUCUGACUCCAAGUGAAGGUGGUGUUGUGGAAGAUUCACUUAUUGUAUACGAUUGGUUGAACACUACGUUAGAUAAAGGGGAAGAAAAGCCACCAGUAUUUGUAUGGGGACAUUCUUUAGGUACUGGAAUAUCAUCUCAUCUUCUUGGCAACCUGAAGGAGUUGUCCUGUGAGAUUCUAGAACGUUCCAGUCCUUUACCUCAACCUAAUGGACUCAUUCUCGAAUCUCCUUUUAACAAUAUUGCUGAUGAAGUCGCGAAUCAUCCACUUGCAAAGUUAGUAAUCUGGCUGCCGUACUUUGAGAAUACAUUUGUGGAUCCGUUCCGCGCGCGUUGCUGCGAGCACGCUUUCGUGUCAGACGUGCAUCUGGCGCGCGCGCGCUCGCUGCCCGUGCUCGUGCUGCACGCCAAGGAUGACGUCAUCGUGCCCUUCGUUGUUGGCAAGAAGUUGUAUAAAGCUAUACUAGAAUCUCGAUCUGAAGGAGACGCGGCUGUUACUUUGCACGCUUAUGAUAGCAAACUCAACUUGGGACAUAAAUGGAUCUGUACCGCACCAGAUCUACCUGAUGUCAUACGAAACUUCGUGAAAACACACCGAUGAUUCCAUCAUGGUGUUAUUUAUAGUAAAUUGGCUUUUUAAAUUUCACGCGGCAACAGGGACGAUACGCUUUUUAUUACACAUUAUUUAUUUAUUGUACUUUUUUAAGUUUAAUAAAACA